UAGCCGGAGGCGAGUUGUGAAACUACCGGUGUGCUCAAUGUCAUCUGUGCGGCCGGCACAUCAGCGUUACGGGAGCCGAAACUGAUGGGUGAUAUAUGUCCAUAAAUUAAAGGAUCUUUCGUUCGCUAAGUAUAAAUAAAACGUAUUAUUCUACCGAGUAUCGCUUAAAAGCCUCUCUGACAAGCGUUCAUUGGCAUUUGUUGUGACAUCAUUCAUGUAUUCGGUCUAUCCAGUAUUAUUUCACUUUAACAUUUAAACAGUACCGUUCCGGUUACAAAUCGCUGCAUGACAACGCUAGUUUAUGCCGCCUGCGCUCUAUCGGAAAAUAUUUUAUACUUUUUUUUCGUUGCAGUGGUUUAUUCACACUGUGUUUGAAGUUGUGGAAAUAAAAGUGAUACGAGAGUUAGUUUGCUUAGCCUCCCAGUGGUAGGUUUUAAACAUUAUACUGAAAAAAAGUAUCAAGUUAGAAACAGAGGACAGCUUACAAACGAGUUUCAGCCCGGCCAGGCCGUUAGUCGUCAUAGUAGUUCGUCUAUAACUACGGGCACAUGGCUGGGCAGCUUGUUCCACUCUCCCACCACCUGUUGUGUAAAGACGGGCCUCCUGCUCUCGGUUUUCAGUGCACUUCCACGUAGUUUUCACUCCAGCUAAAUAUAUUUUAUUACCUAAUAUUUAGUUUAGUACUCUGCAGUACACGUUUUUUGUGCUGGCAGUGUAAGUUCUCCACACAGGUACAUUGUGCUGGGAAAGACUCCUGGCUCUUUAGCUCCCCGAGCCCUCACCCGCGCCCCCUGCUGGUGGAGAGCCAUGCUGCUCCAGCAGGGCAUCCGAAUGGCCAGGGGCCUCGUGCAGCUGGUGGAGCGCAGGGUCGCGGCUCACCUCCACAGGCAGGCCCUGAAGCUGGCCUUCCAGAGGAGCCCCCCGCGCCUCGGAGCGCCCACAGACCGGACCCUCACGCAGGUGUCGCCCCGGCUCUUCUCCUCAGCCCCCCGGGACUACAGCCUGCCCAACGACAGCUGGUCGGCGGAGAUGCGGCGCCUGUACGAUCAGUACGACCAGGAGCCGGGGGGCGGGGGCCGCUGGAAGAGGCUGCCCAGCUACAACCGCUUCCUCAAGUACGCCACGGGAGGGCAGUGCCUCAGUAGGCUGGUUCAGUCUCGGGCUCGGCUCUUCACCAGGAACAUCAAGGAGCCCGGUGCUGCAUUCGAGUACGCCAUCUUCAUAAACGAGGAAGAGAAGAGGGCUGUCUGUGUCUUCCAGGCCGGGCAUCUCCUGGAGGGGCCUCCUGGGCAUGUGCAUGGGGGAGCCAUCGCCACCAUUAUCGACAAUGUGACGGGCGCCUGUGCCACCUACAUCUCCGGGUUCGUCUUGACCGCCAACCUCAACAUCAACUACUGCAGCCCCAUCUCUCUGGGCUCGGUGGUUCUGGUCGACUGUGCUGUGGAUCGGGUCGAGGGCCGCAAGACCUGGGUCUCCUGCCGGAUCACCAGCGCCGACGGCUCCAAACUGCACACAGAGGCCACAGGCCUGUUCGUAUCUGUUGGAGUGAGCCAUCUGUUCACAGGCUGACGCCGGAGAAGAGAGACACGGAGCGAUCACAUGACUGCAGGCUUGGCCAUGUGGAGGCAGCAGGAACUGAAACUGACUGCAGGACCCCCCCCCCAAGUCUCUGGACUGUAGGGUUACAGUGUGACCCAGACUGGACCAGU